UGUGUGCAGAAUACAAUAUUCUGGUAGACUGAUAAACACUGUUUAUCAUUAUUCCUGUGUUUUUCUCAUUUUGCCACCAGUGGAUAAAUGUUAAGUCUUUGUCACAUGUCACAGCUUCUGAUGUAUAGUGACUGUAUAAGUGUUUUCAGGAUAUUUCAGCACUUUGUAAACAACUAAAAACACACAAAAAAAAAUCACCGACUGGAAUGAUGUCCCUGUGCGUAAAGCGUGCGUAAAAGUGAGCCAAAGUCCUCAUACUAAUGGAUGUGCCUCCGUAUCUUUUUCAGCGCAACUUUAAAAACCAUCCACGAAGUUUGCACCUAAAACAAUGGAGCACCUGGAAAACUCCACAGCGCCCACGAAACGCCUCGUCCUGCAGACGCAGAGCAGCGCCGUUACCCAGGCGGACAAGAGCGGUGGGAACGCGUACCUGUACAUCCUGAUCGUCAUGUGUUUCUACGGGGUCUUCCUCUGCGGCAUCAUGCUCGGCUACUUCCGCUCCAAGCGGCGUGAGAAGAGGAGGGUCAACAUCUUCACGCGCCUCGUGCACGAGGAGGAGCAGCGGGAGUGGGGCGCGCUGCCGAAGAAGCACAGCCUCUCCUUCCCCGUCCCCGCCGCGUCGGGACUGCGCUCCGUGCACGUGUCCCUGCCCUUCUGCGGUAACCACGGCAACCACUUCGGACACCUGCACCGCGAGGACGCGCUGCCCUCUCCGCUGGCGUGCGCGCUGCUCGCGGAGCAGAGCAGCGUCAGCUCCCUGUGCUCCUCCGCGGACACGCGCUUCGCCAUAGAGGAGGAGGAGUCGGACAGCGGCACGGCGGAGGGACCGGAGGAGAUCACGAAGGGAGGCUCCGACAACAGCGGGGACGACUCAGGCUGAAACUCCCUGAGAUACGUGGUCCAUCUGAACAAGAGGAGAAACAUCAGCUGGAGAGAAGAGGAGGAUGUGAAGCGUCUCUCCCUGAAACAACACAACCAUAAAUCUAUUCUGCCAUAAAAAACUUUGAUCAAUAGCAUCAUGAUCUGAUCUCCAGCUCCGGCCUGGAUAAAGUCACACACACAUGUGGCCAGUGAGAAGUGUUUUAAAUCUUAAACCCACAGUGGAACCUUUUCCAUCUGAGUUCUACUGUCCUCAAUUUGAACAGCAGCAAGAUAAAAACAAUAACUACACUGGUCUGUUUGUAUGCUUAAUGUUGGGAUAGUGUUUAACUCAUAUCUCCCUCAAUACAUCGUGAAAGCAAUAAUUUAAGUAAUAACUUUAUCUAUCCCUGCAUGGGCAGCUCAGGUCAUCACGCAUGUUAAAUAGGAAAGUCAAAACAAUCAAAUG